UUUUCUGUAGUGUUAAAAGAAGCAAUGAGUUCGGACUGUAGCGAGCUGGCUUUGUUUACACUUUACAACUGAUCGGAGGAGGUUGUAGACAGUCAACAAUUGCAGGUUUCUAAUAAAUUGAGCUGGACAUCGACACACGAGCAUAAACAAUUUUCAGGUGACAAUAUGGAAAGAAGUACUAUCUACAGUCCCUUACCAAAUGUGGUCACUGUGAGGUCAGCCAGCAUCAUUGACCUCCCAGCAUCAGGUCCCAACACAGAAUCUAUGAGAGAAGAGCUAAAGGGCUUGGUGGAAACUUGGGUCCCAAGAGAUGACAAAGAUGAAGUGGAAACUGAGCUGAAAAAACAGUUCCUGUUGAUGGAAAAGAAGGCAAGAGUGCGGCCACACAAGUCCCUCAAGCAGCCAGAGAAGAAGCAGCAGCAGCCUCCCCCACACAGAGGAAAGAAGCGCCUCACCAGUAAGGAGAGGCGAGACCUGGGCCUCCACCUUAUUGACAGGACCAACAAGACCUUCGAAAUGUUCCUUCCCAUUCAUGACCUGUGGAAGAGCUAUGCCCAGGAGCUUCUCCAUAUCAGUCACUUCCUGCAGAGUGGCUGGAAUGGGGAUGCCAGGGACACCAAAACUGAAACCAUUCAAAACAGGGUCAGGAAGAUGGAUUACUUUGGCUGCUUCCUCCGAGUAACCAGGUCUCGGUGUUCAGAGUACGUGGGAAUCCAAGGAAUCGUUAUCAGAGAGACCAAAAAUACUCUUGUAAUGGUGUGCCCAGAUGACCAUGUGAAAACCAUCCCCAAGGUGCAUAGUGAGUUCAGCUUUGUGGUGGAUGGUGUUGGUUUUUCUAUUAUGGGGAACCACUUGCACCAGAGACCAGCAGAGCGAGCUAAACACAACUUUAAGAAGCUGUGCCUGUGGCUGUGAUAUACUGUAGAUUUGUUGUGCUGUGAGAAUAUUUUAAAAAUAUUGCACACAGACAUCAGUGGCUUGACUCUAGGGUUUUGGAACCUCUUAAGAACAGGUGGACAGAAGUGCUAAGAUUGUCAUGAGCACAUGAAUGGUGGCAAACAUAGUGCAUAUGGUAUAUCAAAGCAUCAGUGCAUUCUUGUCAUGUGACAUAUUGUGAAUGCUUUUAUAAAGAAAUUUCUAAUAAAUGAUGAAACUUAAUAAUGACAAAUGACUGGCCUUUAGAAUGUAUACAUAUUUGUUUCAACCAUUAUGUAUUGUACUUUUGUUUGGAUUAUGAUAAAGUGAUGUUGAAAAUGCAGAAACAUGCAUUGGACCAUGACGGAGGGUUAAAAUGAAUAAAAUUCAAAUUAUAGAUAAACCCAAUUGAGAUCCAGUGAUUUGAUUAAUACACAAAAUUCAUGGAAAAAAGAAAACCUCUGUGAAAUCAGGUAUAGUAAUUUAUCAGCAGUAUGGUAUGUUAAACAAUGUAGUACAUUAUCACAAACACACAACACUAAAUUUUUCUUGUGUUGACAUUGAAAGUUUCAUUUCAGUUUCAUUUCAGGGAGAUUACCAGAGCAAUAAAUUCCUGUAUACAAAA